AUGAACAAUGGCAACUUCUUACGGCAGACGCAUGCCGAAGCACCACCGCAGGAGGAGGAUAAUCCAUUGCUGUUUGAAGAGUCGCGGAAGAAGGCGGGUGUGAGCACAGAGGAGAACCGAGAUAUGAUUUCAAGCCAGCAUCAUCAGGUUAAGAAGAGUUGGGAGAACCCCGGUGUAUAUGCUUGGGGAAGCAAUACAGGACGAGUAGCGGCGCCGGGUAGCACAGACAAUGUUGUCAAGACACCGAGACGGAUACCCUUCUUCGAUGGAAAGCUCUUGAGGGACAUCAAGCUGGACCGCAAUUUUGCGGCAGCCAUUGACGAGAAUGGAGACUUGCUGCAAUGGGGCGUGGCUUACGCACCGGACACCAAAGAGCCAGUAUCGACUUUAAAGGGCAAGAAUCUGACAUCGCUCGUCCUUUCGAAGGAUCGCAUUCUAGCGCUUGGGAACAAUGGCACUGUCUACAGCAUUCCCGUCUCCGCGGAUGAGCAGCAAUCUGGCACGAAGCCAUCGGAAGCAAGCUGGGUUCCAUUCUGGUCAGGAAGCAGACGAGUCUUCUCCACUGCCUCCGCAUCAGACAGCUUCCCAAGCCGCGGUCAACUCGGCGUACCAGGCCUCACCUGGAACACUCGACCCGCAGGCUCAUUUGACCAACCUCACGAGAUUUCGACACUCCGCGGCUUUCCUGUCAAGAAGAUUGCAUGCGGCGACUAUCACUCCCUCGCGCUCGACGCCGAAGGCCGCGUCUUCACCUGGGGUGACAACGCUUCUGGCCAGCUAGGCUUCGACUACAACGCCGACUCCUCCAUCGUAGAUGCACCGUCCCUCCUCGCAACUGGUCCCGACACCUUCGCCUUCGGCAGCGGUAUCACCGGCUCCCUCGCCAAUAACCGUUGGACGCACGUCCAAAGUACACCGACCCGCAUUCCCGCCCUCUCCGGCCUUUUCGAAUACGACGAGGUCAAUAACACUUCCGUGCCGAUCCGCCUCGCCCACCUUUCCGUCGGCUCUACCCAUGCCGCCGCUGUAAUGGCAAACAUCACUAAAGUCGACGUACAAUCUACCGGAUCAGGAGGACACACAGACGACGACACGAACUGGGGCGCGGACGUGGUGUUUUGGGGUGGCAACGAGCAUUAUCAGCUGGGAACGGGAAGGCGGAACAAUCUGAACAAUCCGACGUACUUGCAGCCCCUGGAUCGGGAGGCGGAGGUGGUGAGGGCGAAGAAGAGCAGCGGCGCGAAAGAGGAGCAUCGCUUUCAUGUUACGCCGAGGAGUACGGUCAGGUUGGGAGAGGGCGGAAAGGGGAGGAAGGUCAGUGUUGAGCAGAGGGUGGAGUGUGGAAGAGGAGUUACGAGUGUGUAUUCAGGUACAUGA